AUGGACAAAUUUGAUGCGAGGCUAGCGGAGACUCUGGUGGACAUUGCCAGCACCAGAAUUUUUAUAAACGAGAUUCGCCGGCGUGGGCAGUGCAAGGCUGACGAGACCGCCAGCCUCACAGACACUCAGCACACUGUGCUGGCGCGGCUGCAGUCCAGCGCCACCUUUGCAGCGCACACGUGGCCGCGCCUGGCAGCUGGAGCCACUCCAGCAACCCGCGCUGCCGCAGCAGAGGCCUCGGCGGCGGCGGCAGCAGCAUGGGCCACCACGGCAUUGGGCCUGGAAGCAAAGGCAGAGUCCACCGCUGCCCGCGCGGCCUGCCAGCCAGCAGCGGAGCAUGCAAGCUUAGCUUUGGAGUGGGAGGCAGCUGCUGCAGCGUGGCGAGCAGCAUUUGAGCAGCUUGAACUGGCCAAGCAGGCAGACCCUGGGUUGAUGGCGGUGCAAGAGGCGGAGGAGGCGAUCAAGGAAAAGCGUGGCUUCAAGCAGCAGCGCCAGCAGUUUGAUGCUGGCACAUCGUAA